CUCGAACCCGUCCGGCUGGGCUCGGACCUGGGACAGGGCCGUGGCAUGCGAGCACGCGCAUGGACCGGCAUGGCUCGGCGAGUUGCAUAAGUUGCCAGCUUUCUUAUCCCGGGCUCUUUGCCGUCGACAUCAUUUGCCUACUAUAGUCCAUAACAUCAGGGCUCGUUGGCUUUAAUCGUUACCUCGCGACAGUCAAGUUUUCAUGGACAUGCGGAGUCGCUUCUCGCUCCGGCUGAUUUUGAAGCGCCAGCUACCAGAACACAAUCGUCUUCGACCAGGUACUUACAUGUGGCACUCGCGGUUUGUGCCAAUAUUGAGAUUGCAAUUAUGUGCCUUCGCGCCGACGAGCGAAGGCACAUACACGCACAAAACAUUAAACCUGGAUGGCUCCAAGUAGGCAAAAAAGGUUGUGCAGCGAUAUGCCGGCCGUGAGGUAGGCCGGCUGUCACACCUGACCAACCGCCCGAGCCCGUCCCGAGCCCGUCGUCCCGCACGAGGUUGUCCCUGUCAGUCCGCCCGACCCGAUAGGCGGCCUCGCGUGACCGCCCGCAAGCUUGCCUGCUGACAACCGAGCCGAUUAAUGUGGAUCUCAUAGCUUUCUGAUAUAUUCACUACCAAACCUCAAGUUUUCCACUACUCGGGCGACCCCGCCAGUUACGCACAUUCCAACGCUUAGACGUUGGGCUUCCCACUACUCAUCCACACCCAAACCUCAAUUCGGUUUACCUCCCAUUCACGCUAGCUAUCAACAAUAGCCUCAUCUGCUGGCUUGGACUGAGUUACACCACCAGCUAAGAUGGUUGUCAGCGCGGCGUGGCGCCGCCCCACCGGCGGCGGCAGGUGUCGCCUGCUGGCGGCAGUGCUGCUGGGCGCCGUAGUGGUCAUGGCGGCACACGGCGGGCCACUGGGUGCCGCCGCGCAAGAGGAGGAGCUGGGCGGCACGGAUGCGGUCGUGCAGUUCGAUGCCCGCCACGUUGCCGUUGACAAGGAGCACGACAAGAAGUCACCGGAGCAGUCGCCUUCGCCCCGACGCCGCAGCCCUUCGCCGUCACCUGAACCCGAGCGCAAGCCCUGCUUCAAGGUGUUUGCCUGGCGGAAGACCCUGCUGUACGUCCAGUCGGAGGACAGGUUCACCUACAACGAGGCCCAGAAGUUCUGCAGCGACAAGGGCGUGUUUAUGGUGGGCUACGAUGACCCUGUCAAGAGACUGCCCCUGGCUGACCUGUGCUACAAGAAUGGCAACGGCUGCUGGGUGGGCGGCCAGGUUGGCGACACAUGCCCCUACAUCGACCCCAAGGGCAACGGAGCAUCCUACCCCGAGAAAUGCGAGCGGCGGCACUACGCGGUGUGCUGGGGUGACCUGGACAAGCAGCGCAACAACCCCGCCAUCUGGGACAACAACUGCCCUAAAAACAACAAAAGUCAGGACUCCAAGAAGCGUGACAAGAACUACGACUAACGCCGGAGGCCAGAACCAGCAGGGCUAGGGCGACAACGACCAGAAGUGGGGCAACAAUAACUGCAUGGGCCAAGCAAUGUGUGCCGCCGCCUACCUACUGGAGGUUGGCAUGUAUGGCCUCGGGUUACGAUACUUCAGGUUUCGUGAUAUUUGUUUUAAGUGUCUCCAAGCACUGCGUCGUGACCUGAGUGGUUGCAGCUCUACUUGCAUUUAUUUCCAUGGUCAGGUUCUGUGAUCCAUCCUGUACUGCCACCAUCUUGGAAGAUUGGGACAAUGCUUACUUCGUGAGCACGUGGGGCCUCCGGUUGCCACAUGCGAUUGGUUGCCACGUAUUCCUGUUCGAGUAGCGCAGGCUUGAGGAGGUAGCAUUUGAGCUCUUAUAGUUCCAAACGAUUCAACACUUAUCAGGGUGCGCAUUCAUGUCAAGUUGAUGGAGAUCUCCUGCUGGAGGCAAGGGCCGCCUGUUAGAGGCGGGUGUGUCGGCGGAACUGCUGGGGAAAUGGCAAUACCGUAGAUAGAGAAGUACAAGACAGGAGUUCCGUUUGUAAGCGCGGCAGGAC